AUGAGAAACCAGAGCUCAGCGCUCACACACUGACACACCGUUUGCCCACUACUCACUGAGACUCCAGCGGGACGCUUACGUUUGUCGGUGUGAAGUCCGUUACGCCGUCAGGUUGAACCCCGUUAACUGGUUAAUAACGCUCUAGUAAACAGAUGCUGUAGCUCUCAACACCGUUUUAAAAAAGGUCUGGAGCCGAUAUGAAUCUUCCAAAGAGCCAGAUCUUGCUGGUGUGGAUUCUUGGUGUCCUCGGUGCAGCAUUCUGCUCCGAUGACGAGACUCAGCUGGUAAAAAACCUCUUCACCAAUUACAACAAGGUGGUUCGUCCUGUCAACCACUUCAGUGACCCCGUAGUAGUCACUGUGGGACUGCAGCUGAUACAGCUCAUUAGUGUGGAUGAAGUCAACCAGAUUGUCACCAGUAACGUUCGUCUCAGACAGCAAUGGGAAGAUGUGAACUUGAAGUGGAACCCAGACGAUUACGGUGGCAUCAGAAAGAUCCGCAUCCCCUCCACCGACAUAUGGAAACCGGACCUGGUGCUGUACAACAAUGCCGAUGGUGACUUUGCCAUCAUCCAUGAGACGAAGGUCCUGCUGGAGCACACGGGGAAGAUAACGUGGAACCCUCCUGCCAUCUUCAAGAGUUACUGUGAGAUCAUCGUCCUGCACUUCCCCUUCGACCUCCAGAACUGCAGCAUGAAGCUGGGCACCUGGACGUACGACGGGCUGCUGGUCGUCAUCAACCCGGACAGUGACCGACCCGACCUCAGCAACUUCAUGGAGUCGGGUGAAUGGGUGCUGAAGGACUACCGCAGCUGGAAGCACUGGGUUUACUACGCGUGCUGCCCGGACACGCCGUACCUGGACAUCACCUAUCAUUUCAUGAUGUUACGGCUGCCUCUCUACUUCAUCGUCAACGUCAUCAUUCCCUGCAUGCUGUUCUCUUUUCUCACCGGACUCGUCUUCUACCUGCCCACUGACUCUGGGGAAAAGAUGACUCUGUCCAUCUCCGUCUUGCUGUCUCUGACUGUGUUCCUGCUGGUUAUUGUGGAGCUCAUCCCCUCCACGUCCAGUGCUGUUCCUCUUAUAGGGAAAUACAUGCUCUUCACCAUGGUGUUUGUCAUCGCCUCCAUCAUCAUCACCGUCAUUGUUAUCAACACUCAUCACCGCUCGCCCAGCACACACACCAUGCCCCCCUGGAUUCGCAAGGUGUUCAUCGAAACCAUUCCCAACAUGAUGUUCUUCUCCACAAUGAAGCGUCCGAGUCAGGAGAUCCAGCAGAAGCGUCUGUUUCCUACUGACAUGGACAUCUCUGACAUCUCUGGAAACCCCACCCCGACCAGCGUCACCUACCAGUCCCCCAUCGUGAAAAACCCUGAUGUGCGCAGUGCUAUCGAAGGAGUGAAGUACAUCGCUGAGACCAUGAAGUCAGACGAGGAAUCUAACAAUGCUGCGGAGGAGUGGAAGUUCGUUGCCAUGGUUCUGGACCACAUCCUGCUCUGCGUGUUCAUGGCUGUGUGCAUCAUCGGGACGCUCGCAGUCUUUGCUGAGAGACUUAUUGAGCUCAACAAGCCGUGAGCGCCUGGGCCUUGAAGCAGGUUGUAUGUUGUCAUACCUGGAGCUGCAGCAUCAGACAGGCUCAGGUUGUGUUUGCUCUCUUCUUUGCUGAUGCUGAGGCGGCUGCAGCUGAAGGCAGGUUGAAGCUUUUACAGGGUCACAUGAUUUCUGUGUAUCACAGUUGAAGCUAUUCUUCACUAACUGUUUUUAUCAUUAUUUUGUUUAUAUUGUUCUAUUGCUGUUAUUGUUCUGGUAAAUUAUAUUGUUUGUUUCUAACACAAUUAGUUACCUUUGUUUUCAACACACAAACUGAGGCCGGUCUAUGUGUGUUCUCAUUUUUAACUCCAUCUCCAUUCUACAGAACCCACAACGUUACUUGCAUGUUAGAAGAAAUGAAAGCAUGUGUGUUUCGCUUGAAUAAAACAGUCAAGUCUCGCCACCUCAUGUAUUGAUAGAUCCUGGUUGAUGAUUGAUGUCAGGAAGUUGAAUUGUUUUAUUUUGCUUGACACUCAGUGACGUCUGGCCGCCUCGUUUCUAUUUAUUGUUUGAGGUUGUGAUUCAGAUCAGUCUUUAAAUGCUCCUCUGACGUCUGUUGUACAGUUUAUUGUUCGGUCAUUUUAUUAUUUUGAAAUUGUUUGAUUUAAUGACUGCAGUUUUUUACUUUUACUCCACUACAUCUAAAGAUUUGCCUUCACUGGUUUACUGCUCCUUCUAAUAACACAAUCGUUGUCUGUUGUAUUAGGUUAAGAUCUGUCACUUGUUAGAAAUUUGGGGUAAAUUUUUAUGAGUCUAAGCCCGUUUUUAAAUAUUUUUAAGGAAUUAAUGCCAUUUUGAAGCAGUAAUGUGAUUUGAUCACACAGUCGUGAUGGUCAACGUCCGUUUUUUUAAGAUAGUCAGGAUUGUGCAUUUAGUGCAGCUUUCCUGUUGGAAAGCAAAGAACGUUUUUAAACAAAGGACAGCAGUGAACAACUUCGGAGGUCAACCUGAUUUAGAAAAAAGAAGAGCACUUAUGGCAGUUUAUUCAUACAGUCCUGUUCUAGAAGUCAAACUGACCCUUUCCUUCAUAUUUGCAUGUAAUGAUUUGGAAUGGAGUGAAAAAUAAAAAGUCUAGUAGUUAAUAAAAGUCGGUAUACGUUAA